GCAUCCGAGCAGCAUCGUAGUUGGCACGAAUAGUCCGUGGCGAUCGGUUCGAAAGAUAUUUUCAUCAGUCAGAUUUUGGAAAAUCAGCAAACAGCAUCAACAUGAGCAGCGUCGAUGAUGAUCUAACCCCCGAGCAGAUUGCUGUCCUCCAGAAGGCCUUCAACAGCUUCGAUCACCAGAAGACUGGCAGUAUCCCAACAGAAAUGGUUGCCGAUAUCCUGCGUCUGAUGGGUCAGCCUUUCGACAAGAAGAUCUUGGAGGAACUGAUCGAGGAGGUCGAUGAGGACAAGUCCGGUCGCCUGGAAUUCGGUGAGUUCGUACAGCUGGCUGCCAAGUUCAUCGUUGAGGAAGAUGCCGAGGCGAUGCAGAAGGAGCUGCGUGAGGCUUUCCGCCUUUAUGACAAACAAGGAAACGGCUUCAUCCCCACCACCUGCCUCAAGGAGAUUCUUAAGGAGCUGGACGACCAGCUGACCGAGCAGGAACUGGACAUCAUGAUCGAGGAGAUCGAUUCUGAUGGUUCUGGUACAGUGGAUUUCGAUGAAUUCAUGGAGAUGAUGACCGGCGAGUAAAUAAACGCACUGCGUCUGCCAGCCACCCACACACCACCCCCUCAGAAACACUUGCACCCACAUUACACCUGGACACACACACACACACCUGUUGGGCACACGUUUGUUUGCUCCUAUUUGCACAUUUGUUUCACUUUUUAUUUGCAUCUUACCCCCCCUUUGUUUUUGGGAGCAAACAAAUCCACGUACUCCGGCUUGAUAACGCCAAACACAAGUAGCUUUAGAACUUUUUUACUACUUUUUUAUACAAAAGAGCAAUAAUAGCCGCGAAAUGUACUGUGUAUGCAAAAAAAAAAAAGAUAAAUAAAUAUAUAAAAUUAAAAAUAAAUGUUAUACUAUAACAGAAAAAAACAA